GUGCGCCAACAUAUUCUAACCAGGGAAGGGGAAAGAAGAGCGUAGGAAAUAAAAUUAUACUCAGUGGUGCGUUAAAAGAAAGCCAACAAGUAAAGUCUCCAAAGUUGUCGCUCUACACUUUUUCCUAUCUCUAUGUUCUUUGCGCGCUCUCGCUCUUUCUCUCUUUUUGCCCGUCUUUUCAGGCUGGCCGCGGACGAAGGUGGCUGCGAAGAUGUUGUCGGUGCUGCCCAAAGUGGAGCAGCUGUCGACGCGUGUGAUCCGCGUCCUAGGCUGUAACCCGGGGCCCAUGACUCUCCAGGGGACCAACACCUACUUGGUGGGAACCGGGCCCAGAAGGAUCCUAAUAGAUACUGGAGAGCCAUCUAUCCCUGAAUAUAUAAGCUGUUUGAAAAAAACACUCCAUGAAUUCAACAUUUCCAUCCAGGAAAUUUUAGUAACUCACUGGCACCAUGAUCACACUGGAGGCAUAUCCGAUAUUUGUGAAAAUAUUCCAGCCAGUUAUGAAUAUUGCAUAAGCAAGCUUCCACGUAAUCCACAUCAAGAAGAAAUAAUAAAAGGAAAGCAGAAGUAUGCGUACUUAAGAGAUGGAGAUGUUUUAAACACAGAGGGAGCUACUCUCAGGGUAUUGUAUACCCCAGGACAUACAGAUGACCACAUGGCUUUACAUCUGGUAGAAGAAAAUGCAAUAUUUUCUGGUGAUUGUAUUUUAGGAGAAGGAACAACAGUGUUUGAAGACCUUUAUGACUACAUGAAGUCAUUGGAAAAACUUCUGGGUAUAAAAGCUGAUUUAAUAUACCCAGGACAUGGGCCAGUAAUAAAAGAAGCAAGAGCUAAAAUUCAAGAAUAUAUUUUACAUAGAAAUGCACGUGAGCAGCAAAUCCUACACAUCCUGGAUGAGAAUGCUGGGAAAUCUCUCACAGCAAAGGAACUUGUGAAAAUCGUUUACAAGGACACACCUGUUCAUUUGCAUUUAGCUGCGGAAAUAAAUCUCUCACAUCACUUGAAGAAGCUAGAAAAAGAAGGGAAAGUUGUACAUGAAAAUUCUCCUAACUUCAAGUGGAAAAGUGUUUUAUAAAUAUGGCAUAUACACAGGUUUGACAAAUGUGCUCUUCUAUUUUCUGAACUAAAACACCCUUUUUAAUAUCAAAAUUGCAUAUAAAUCACAUACACAAAUGGAUCUGUAUUUUGUUAUUAAUCUGAUUAAAUAAUAAUUUGUCAGAGAGCGAUUGGAAGAAUCAUUCAGGGUGGAACAAGUGGAUUAUUUAUUUCAAAGCAAAAUAUUCAAAAUUUUCUUUGGAUACUUGAAUACUUUUGUAAAGAGGUUUGGUUCAAGGAAUGUUAUUAAUUAAAUUUGUAAGCUGCCUUAUUCUCAGCAAUAUGAAGACUUAAGCUUAUUUCUUUAUUUAAACAUUGUAAUUUCAUUGCCUCUAUGUUAUUUGUAUAAUAAAUAUAAUAACCUUAAGUAAU